CUGCCUUCCGCAGUCCGCCUCUGGUCCGCUCACAUCAGUCGAGUUGAUGCUGCCGCCGUCGUCUCGCAACAUGCCGAUCCCGUCCAGAGCUGUGCUGGGCCUCCUGGCGGUCUUCGCGGCCGCCCACCUGUCCGAGGCUGCCUGCCCCGCCGGGACCUUCGACUGCGGCGAUGGAGGAUGCGUCCCCCAGGAGAAACGCUGCGAUUUCUGGACCGACUGCAAGAACAAGAAGGACGAGUCCGACUGUAAAGUGGAAGACUGUAAGACUGGGACCUUCGGCUGCGGCAACGGCAAGUGCGUGCGGAAGCUGAUCCACCGCUGCGAGGGCGUCGACGACUGUGGCAACGGCGCUGAUGAGAAGGACUGCAAGCCCAACGAGUGCGGCCUCGGCGCCUUCUACUGCGGCAACGGCAAGUGUGUUCGAAAGAACCGAAAGUGCGACGGCAAGGACGACUGUGGAAACGGAAACGACGAGACGCAGUGCAAGCCAGAAGAGUGUCAGUCCUACACGUUCCCAUGCGGAAACGGCCGGUGCGUAAAGGUCGAGAAGAAGUGCGAUGGCACGGACCACUGCGGGAACGGUGCCGACGAGAAGGGCUGCGCCGCCAUCUCGAAGACUAAGGGGCCGAAACCAGCCGACACAACCACUUGCCCGAAGGGCCAGUUCAACUGCGGGGAUGGAGGCUGUGUCGCAAUGGACAAGAGGUGCAACCACUGGAAGGACUGCAGAAAUGGAGCUGAUGAAGCUAACUGCGCCAAAAGUGAUUGUAGAGGUGGUGCUUUCCACUGUGGGGGAAACAGCAUGCGGUGUACAUGGAGUCAGGAUCGCUGUGAUGGAAACAAAAACUGUGACAACAACUCAGACGAGGAAAACUGCACUCCAGAGGAUUGCAAACCAUUAACAAGAUAUUGUGGAAAUGGUCGAUGCGUCUUGACUAAGCGUUGGUGUGAUGGUAAAGAUGACUGUGGGAAUGGGUAUGAUGAAAAAGACUGCAGUAAAGAUGAGUGCCAGCCGUACACAACAUUUUGUGAGGCAAAGAAGGGGAAAAAAGCCAAAUGUGUUCCUCAGGGCACAUCAUGCUAAGCAGUACUCCCACGCAUCAAACUUGGAUAUUUUCUUUUUUGAAAUUAAGACAUAAAUAAGAAAUAAGUUCUCAUGAUAUUGCAGUUUCAGUGUAUUAUAAAAGUAAUUUAAAAUUAGGCAUACACUACUACACCACUGGUCCAAAACCAACAACUGAUAUGUACGAAAAUUGUCAGAAAUAAAUAUUGAUGUUACAUAAAUA